AUGCUGCGCGCGAGCGCUACGCCGAAAGCCUUCAGACCCCUUCUGUCAGCCACCAACCUGCACAUAGCAGCACCGACAACGAACGGGAAGCGAUCGAUCGGGCGCUAUAUCAUACAUCGCGAUGCGCCACCGGGCCACCAACCCAACACGAACCUCGGUGUCUAUCUCGAUCGGUCCACCCAUGGUUUCGGAAACAGUUUGCUGCCCCAUCACGGCACCAACAACCCUCAAGUCGGCCCAAACCUUACGCCGCUCCCUGGUCAGAUGUUCGGCCAGAUCCCGCAGAGCCAUAGCAGCGCUCAGCUAAGCCUGAACUGGCAAGCCCAGCUUUAUAACCCGAUGCCAGUCCUCGACUUGGGCACGGGGCAAGGGUACCAACCAGCACAAGGCUUCUACGCCUACCCCAUAACUAGCACCACCACCAGCCGCGGCCCAUCAAACACCACCCGCCUUCCUCUCAACGCGGGCAUGGGGCAGAGAUACCAGCUUACGCAGGGCUUCUAUACCUACCCCACCGCCUCCCUCCCCAUAACCACCACUCCCAUCAUCAACAACAACAACAACCACCACAACAUCACGACCAGCACCACCGCCAACCGCCACCCAUCAAACACCACCUACCACCCCAUGCUCAUCCCCACCCGCAGCACCACCACCACCACCUCCACCUCCAGCCGCCCCUCCAGCUACGGCACAGGCCAGCGCGGGCAGCGCAACGCGCGCCUGCACGCGCAGGGGCUGUGCAUCUGGUGCCAGCAGCCCAACGUGGACCUGCGGCGCAAGGGGUGCCCGGCGUGCCGGCCGCGGCGGGCGGCGACCACGGCGAAGUGGCGCGUGGAGAAGGCGAGGGCGGAGAGGGCGAAGAGGGCGGAGAGGGCGGAGAGGGCGGAGAGGGCGGAGAGGGCGGAGAGGUCGGAGAAGGCGGAGAGGGCGGAGAAUGCGGAGAGGGCGGCGCGGGCGAUGGAGGGGGUGGUGGCGGGGGUGGGGGGGAUCGUGAUGACAGUGGGGGUGAGGAGGUUGGAGGCGGUGUGA